AUAAAAUCCCUUGUCUUCCAUUAGGGUUUCUCAUCUCCUCAUCUCUUCUCUUUCGUCUUCCUCUGGACGAAUCAAAUGUAAUGCACACUCCUGAUCUUUAAAAGGCUUUGGAAUUGACGUUGCAGGAUCCGUAAUUUUUUUUUUCGGUUUCAUUUCUCGUGAGUGUGAUUAAAGGUUUUUGUUUUAAGAGGGGGGCCAUUGUCGAUUUUGGGAUAAAUUCUAUGUGAGAAUGCCAGCUACGGACUAUCAGGGAUCUUCUAGUCGUUCGGUACUGAUUUUGCGGCGCGAUCAGGUCCAUUCGAUGGAGGGGGCGAACGAGGUUAGGAGUCACGAGGUGGAGCUGGAAGCUUUUCAGAAGCAGGUGACUGAUCGGUUUGUAGUUUUGUCGUCGGCGACUUCAGAGGAGUUGCUCUCGCUGGCGUGGGUGCGAAAGCUCCUAGAUGCGUUUCUUUGCUGCCAGGAGGAGUUCCGGGUCGUUCUCUUCAAUAACAGGUCUCUCAUUCACAGACCUCCAUUGGACCGCCUUGUCGCCGACUUUUUUGAGCGCAGCGUCAAGGCCCUUGACGUCUGCAAUGCGAUCCGUGACGGGAUUGAGCAGAUCAGGCAGUGGCAAAAGCUCCUUGAUAUCGUGAUUUGUGCCUUGGAUAGCAAGCAGAGGGCUCUCGGGGAAGGCCAGUUUCGUCGGGCAAAGAAGGCUCUAAUAGAUUUGGCAAUCGGCAUGCUCGAUGAAAAGGAUUCCGGCGGGACACUGGCUCACAGGAACCGGUCCUUCGGCCGCAACAACAACAGCUCCUCGUCCAAGGACCAUCAUCAUCGUUCCAUCGCUCACUUCCGAUCUCUGUCUUGGAGCGUCUCGAGGUCUUGGUCUGCCGCCCGGCAGCUGCAGGCCAUCGGAACCAACCUGACCGUUCCGCGCGGGAACGAAAUUGUGGCUACUAAUGGGCUUGUGGUGCCCAUCUAUACCAUAGGUUCGGUUCUAUUGUUCGUAAUGUGGGCUCUCGUGGCUGCUAUCCCCUGCCAGGACCGUGGUCUGCAGGUCCAUUUCUAUAUUCCGAGGCAUUUCACCUGGGCGGCGCCAAUUAUGUCGCUCCAUGAGAGGAUUCUGGAGGAAUCGAAGAAGAGGGAUAGAAAGAAUUCCUGUGGGUUGUUGAAGGAGAUUUAUCAGAUUGAGAAAUAUUCAAGGCUUCUUAGUGAAUUGGCUGAUUCGGUACAGUUCCCAUUGGCUGAGGACAAGGAAGGAGAGGUGAGGCAGAGAGUACAAGAGUUGGCGCAGGUUUGUGAAACAAUAAAAGAGGGUUUGGACCCCUUGGAACGACAAGUUAGAGAUGUGUUUCAUAGGAUUGUCCGCAGCCGAACUGAGGGGCUUGACUCGUUAGGAAGGGCUCACAAUGAGUAAUUUUCUUUUGGCUGAUUAUUCUGGUUUAUGGCAGAAUAUGGAAACUUUUGCAAACUGGCUUCUUGAAAUGCAACGGAGAUUCAGACAAGCAGGAAUAGAGAAGAAAAAAUGGAGUCAUAUUCUGAAAAUAAAGAUGGUAAGAAGGGAAAUUUUUCAAUGUAUUUAUCACCAUAUAUCGUGUAAAGAAAAUUAGGAUAUGAAAUCGGACUUUCGUGGUCCUGGUGCUGAUGCCUAGCUUGUAUUGCUGUCGUAUAAUCAGGCUCUGAGUCAAGUGCAUCAUGUUGGUGUAGCUGAUUUCAUGGUUUUGUUUCUUUUUCAUUUGGUACAUAACGUUUGUGUUCUAAAGAGGAAAUUGUUAUAACUUCUUGUUACUAAAUGCUGUAUCUCAUUGCCAAUCAUUCAGCAAAGCAAAGGGUUGUUGCUGUUUAUGAUUAGCCCCUUCAGAUUUCUGAACCUGCAGAGUUAUCUUUGUCAUCAGAGCAUGAAUUUUACCAUUU